AUGAAUGGGAGUAUAACGGAUCCAACAGAUUUUAGAGAAACCGAAUUGCCACUCUUUUCCCAGCUAGAUUCUCUGCUACGAUGUCAUAUAUGUAAGGAUUUUCUGAAAGUUCCUGUCUUGACACCUUGCGGUCAUACUUUCUGCUCGAUCUGCAUACGUGAGGCAAUCAAUAAAUCAGCGAAAUGCCCGCUGUGUUUGAACGAAUUGAGAGAGUCGGGCCUUCGCGGCGACUUCUUGACGGGCGAGGUCGUAAACUGCUAUCAAAAUCUAAGACAACCGUUGCUGGAACGAAUACAGAAGGUAGAAGAACCGACAGUUGCGGGCUCAGAGACCUCUCUCAUCGAAAUAGAGUCCGACGGUGACCGAGAACGUAUUUCAGAUAUAGAAGAAGACUUCCAGAUAUUGGCUACCAACGAACGGAAGCGACUACCGGGUAUUAAGAAAAUUACCAAGCGACCAGCGAGUAGAAAGGGCGGUUCCAAAUCAAAUAUUGAGUCCAUGUUUAAAUCAGGUGUUGAAAUGGGUGAAUGCCCCAUCUGCAAUGAGUUUUUUCCAGUGAAAACUAUAGAAAGGACGCAUAUGGACGAAUGUCUUACCAGACAAGCUUUAGGGAAACCGAAACCGAAACGUUCCGUCAAAACACCAUUUCAGACAAGUAACAGACCAUCUUCUGUUGAUUCAAUAGCAUCUAAUCUCAAAUAUGGGGAGAACGGUGCACAGCAUCUAAAAAAUUAUUUGGAAUCAGCGGUGAACGAUGAGAAACGACUGCGACUACCAAAACUAGACUACAAUACUUUAUCGUUGAGUCAGCUAAAACAGAAAUUAGGCUCUUUAGGACUGCCUUCCUUCGGCUCAAAACAAAGCUUAAUGGCCCGAUAUAAUCAUUACGAAAUGCUUUGGAAUAGUAAUUUUUUUGAUUCCUCCAGUCCCGUCAACGAGAACGAGCUAAAAAGGCAGCUUCUUUCUUGGGAAGCAUCCAAUAACCUGAACAGUAAUAAUAAUAACAAUACCAUCGGUAAAAUGAUCACGAAAAACAAAGAUGGGGAACGGACGUACCAGAAAUUACUGUUUGAUUUCAAGAGUGAUAAAUUCAAACGGAAAAGUUGGAUCAGACUGUUUAGACGGAUGUUCCAAACGUUGAUCAAGGAAGCUAAGAGUAAGAUGCAGGACAAAGCUACCGAAGAAAGAGAUUCCGAUAAAAGAAGUGAUGCCCCCGUGAGCGAAGAUUAUCAGACACUUAUACCCCAACCUGAAAGUAAUGUAGCUUCAUCAACAGCUGUGCUGGCUUUGGAAGAUGCACAAUCGGCCGUAAAAACACCACUAGAUACCGAAACUCCUUCCAUUGAAUCCAAAUCUGGACAAAACCCUGAUAUGAACAUUUCGUAA